CGGCGCGGGGCGGCGGCGGGGGGCGCGGGGCGCUGAGCCUGCCGGCGGCCCCGGCGCGAUGCGCCGCUCCAGCACCGACGAGUCCACGUACCGGCGCAGCCCGUCGCCGGAGGGCAAGGAGCCGGGCUUCGCGCGCGGCGGCCCCUUCCGGCGCUACAGCAGCCUCUACGGGCGCGCGGACGGCGGGGACGGCGGCGGCCCCUUCGGGCUGCACGGCAGCCCCGGCCCCUCGGCGGCCCAGGCGCGCUGCACGGCGCCCAAGGGCACCAAGUACGUGGUCUUCUACCUGGACCUGUCCUUCAUCUUCCUCCUAGAGCUCCAGCGCUGCGGCAUGGCGCGCGGCUGCCUCCAGGGCGUCAAGUACCUCAUGUUCGCCUUCAACCUGCUCUUCUGGCUGGGAGGAUGCGGCAUCCUGGGGGUGGGCAUCUGGCUGGCCGCCACGCAGGGGAACUUCGCCACCCUGUCCUCCUCCUUCCCGUCCCUGUCGGCCGCCAACCUGCUCAUCGUCACCGGCACCUUCAUCAUGGCCAUCGGCUUCGUGGGCUGCAUUGGGGCCAUCAAGGAGAACAAGUGCCUCCUGCUCACCUUCUUCGUGUUGCUGCUGCUGGUGUUCCUGCUGGAGGUCACCGUCACCGUCCUCUUCUUCGCCUACACUGACAAGAUUGACAGGUACGCGCAGCGCGAUCUGAAGAAAGGCCUGCACCUGUACGGCACCCCAGGCAACGUGGGGCUCACCAACGCCUGGAGCAUCAUCCAGACCGACUUCCGCUGCUGUGGCGUCUCCAACUACACGGACUGGUUCGAGGUGUACAAUGCCACGCGCGUGCCCGACUCCUGCUGCCUGGAGUUCAGUGAGAACUGCGGGCUGCAUGCCCCUGGCACCUGGUGGAAGGCGCCGUGCUACGAGACGGUGAAGAUGUGGCUCCAGGAGAACCUGCUGGCCGUGGGCGUCUUCGGGCUGUGCACGGCGCUGGUGCAGAUCUUGGGCCUGACUUUCGCUAUGACCAUGUACUGCCAGGUGGUGAAGGCCGACACCUACUGCGCGUAGGCUGCCCUGCCUGCCACCUGCUUCGCUGCCAGAGGAUGCCACCCCCCGGGGAGAUGACCUCGUGCCAGACGGGCAGCUGGCGCCUUCUGUGUCCACCCACACAUUCUCCAGAGCAGCUUUCCCGGACCCGACACAGGGCUGGGUGGGGAGGGCCUCCUGCGCCCCGGUGCUUGGAUGGGCGGAGCCCGCAUCACAUUCCUGUGGGGCAGGGCAGGCUCCCGGUGCAUCUAAUAAAGUGCGUGGGCAGCAGCCCCCCGUUUGUCACUGCCGACUCCCCACGGGGCACCACGCCUAGGCAAGCCCGUGGCUGUGGGCCCCCCUACCCACGUGGGGUUCCACGACACACACAGGCUCAGGCGAGCUGCCCAGCCAGCAGAUGGGGGCUUGUGUGUCUGAGGACAAGCCCCCAAACCUCCACUAGAUUAGCUCCAGGAAGUGGUGCAGAGGCCCCAGGAACCGCGAGGAGUCCCCGACCUGUCCAGUGUCUCCAUCCCCCAGCAUUUCUGUCCCCCCCGCCCCGCCCGGGUAUCCUCAGCAAGGUGAGUUCAGUUCCUUGCUGCCUGUUAAGGGUUCCUGUCCUGUCCUGGGAACAUGGCCCUGAAGUGUUUCUUUGUACAACUUUGCAAAUAAAGGGGCCGCGGGGAGCGAGCAGCUGCCAGGCCCAGCACCA